CUAAACAUGUGGACAAUUGUUUCCGCCACUGUAUAUUUUUCCGGAUGACCUGCCACCAGGGUUGCCACCCGAGCGCCCCCAAGACCACAAAAUUGACCUGGAACCCGGCGCGCAGCCAACCGUCAGAACCCAGUGGCGGCUGACUCAGCCCGAGCUCACGGAGUUACGGAGCCAGCUGGACUACCUCUUGGAGAAAGGGUUCAUCCGCCCCAGCACGUCCCCGUUUGCAGCUCCAAUCUUGUUCACACCCAAAAAAGACGGAGGACUGCGAAUGCGCAUCCAUUACCGGGCGCUGAAUCGGCGAGCUAUCAAGUCUCGCUACCCAAUCCCACGCGCGGACGACCUUCUCGAUCAACUUCGCGACUCUCGCUUCUUCUCGAAAAUUGACCUACACGGCGGUUACCAUCAGAUCCUAGUCUUCGCUGACGACUGCCACAAGAUGGCGUUCCGCACCCGCUAUGGCCGCUACGAGUACACAAUGAUGCCCUUUGGCCUCACGAACGCGCCCUCCACUUUCCAACUCACCAUGAACGGCGUAUUUCCGAGUUCU